UAGGUAACGGAAUUGCUUGGACCACGAACUUUUAGAACCAUUCACUCGACCCGUCCUACAUGUUAGCGUUUAAUCGCCGAGAAGCUUCAAGAGGUCUUUCUUGUCCUUUUCUUUUCGAGUAUGUCAUCACAGGUCGAACAAAACUUUACUGACGGGCGUAAUUGGACCUUUCUAAAUCAACUUCACAACUCUCUUACCAAUGUUGUGUUAUUAACGGAGGACACGAGCUAUGAUUAUUAUGACAUGAUGGGCAUUUGCAUUAACCAAUUGGCUUCUGAUACUCAACUUUAUGAAUAUAUUUGGUAUAGUUACGCAGUCACGACUAAUUUUUUGUCGAGCUAUCGCGAUUUUAUUUUGUUGUAUACCACUUUCGGAAAUUAUUCGUGUAUGUUUAUUACUUGGGCUUCAAAGCUUCCUUUUUUUUUUCUUUUUCGACAUUCAAUAUUGGGUUUCUCUGUCAACAUCUUUCAAGCCCAUCCCGUCCACUUGAUAUUCUUGACUUUCCCGAGUUUUAUUGCUCGUCCUAUUUACUACUUCUACUUUUUGCUCUUCUUUGCCUCUUCCGAUGGCACGACCAGAUAACUAUAUGAGCUGGUCAAUAAAUUGCUAAACCAAUACAGCCGAU